AUGCUUCCUCUUACUCUCUUACGCUUCAGAGGCAAUCGACCUUAUACCCUCGAAUAUGCCUCACGGAUAGAAUCUGUAGAAGAUUUCAUCCGAGCUGCUUCUCUUUUAUUACCAGGCCGAUUCGAAGACGCCGAGUUGUUCCUGUCCAUUCUCAACCUCUUUUCUCUCCACCACACCAAACUACUUGUCCGGGCUGCCAGCUCUGGAUUUGAACCGGACUCCAGGCACAAGCCUGACCAACCCCGACUAGCAUUCAACCGCAACAUUGAAGAACAUUAUGAUACUCGCUGGGCAACCCGAACAGUAGCCAUGAGUCUGAGUGUUUUGUCUUAUACCGAAGUUGUAAUCGAGAUGCUUAUCCAGCGUCGAUGCUCAAGACAAAAACGGUGGAGAUGGGUGUCUUGCUUAGAGGGUAUCAAGGCUGUACUCCGGUUGUACUUGUUUUUUCGAACAAAGCAUCGAAUGGUGCUACACCCCACACACUUGGUCCGCAAUAUAGAUCCUUCUACUCUUGAAGCCUCAUCUACAGAUAAAUUCGAGCUCACUACACUCGAUCCCCGUGUAGGGACUCCUUCGACCUCUAAUCCCGACCUAAUACAUUCAAAAGAUGCUGCAGUUACUAGACCACGAAGAGGAUGGGCUAUAUUUGGAGAAAUUCUUUGGACUCUGCGCCCGUUGAUUUACGUACUUUUGGUUAUGCGAGAUCAAUCUAAACACACGCCAAGUAAAUCCGACAAGACCGUUGGUAGUGGAGAUAAUGAAAAAGAACAACAAAAAGAUGAUUUUGAUGAAGACGAAGAUGAAGACGACGAUAUUGAACGUAGCUGGAUGCCUUGGAUGGUUUCUCUUGGCGUAGAUCUAUUGGCACGUGUGGCAACUCGUCAACAGACAAUGACUCCACUAGAAAGAGAUGAGAGACGCAGAAGAGAUUACUUGCUACUGUACUAUUUCUUGAGAAAGCCAUUCUAUACAGAAUUUACUCAACCCAUUCUGGCCUCAUUUUGUGACUCAACUGAACACAGACCUAUAGUAUCAAUUCUAGCAGCUGCUAUUAAUGAUUACAGACCAUUCUGGGAGAGACUUUACUUUUAUACAGCAGGCUCAUAA